AUCGAGCAGCCCGCGAGUUCUACGACUGCCUCGCCAUCUCCACACCCCCCGCAGAACACCAGGGUACAAUCGCUAUCGUAUCCGUUCCGAUCAGUUCCCCACUGCCGGCGUUCGACAUGGACGCUUCACGUGCCACAGGCCAACCGGCGGCCAUGUAAACCUGAUCGCAAGAGGUGACGGCUUCACGCGGCACACUGACAAGUGACGGGUGAGGUUCGUAGAUCGACCAGGAAUUCGCGAUGGUUGCGCCCUCCAAGUUAGUGCUGAUCACUGCGGCGGCGCUGCUGGGCUGGGCGUACAAGGCCGCCCGGCCGCCGCCUCCGGCGAUAUUGGGCGGUCCGGGAGGGCCACCAGUCACCUCCCCGAGAGUCCAGCUCGAGGACGGUAGGCAUCUGGCAUACAGGGAAGCCGGGGUCGCCAGGGAGACUGCCAAGUACAAGAUCAUCUUCUUCCAUGGCUUCGCCAGCACCAAGGAAUCCGACUUUCCGGUGUCUCAAGAGCUGGCAGAGGAGCUGGGGAUUUACCUGUUGUACUUCGACAGGGCCGGGUAUGGCGACAGCGACGCCAACCCAAAGCGUGGGCUGAAGAGUGACGCCACGGACGUCGAGGAGCUCGCGGACAAGCUGCAGCUCGGGGAUAAGUUCUAUGUGGUCGGGACUUCCAUGGGCGGCUACGUUGUGUGGAGCUGUCUCCACUACAUACCGCACAGGCUGGCCGGCGCGGCGCUGGUCGUGCCAGCGGUGAACUACUGGUGGCCGAUGCCUGCCGCUGUGUCGGCCAGUGCGUACAGCAAGCUGGACGUCGGGGACCGGAGGACGUUCUGGAUCGCGCACCGCAUGCCUUGGCUGUUCUACGCCUGGCUCAAGCAGAAAUGGUUCAGGAUCUCGCCGGUCAUCGAGGGGAAGCCCGAGGCUUUCACUGAAAAGGACCGGGAGAUCCUAACUGAGAUUCAGAGAAAGGAACAGGAGACUGGCCAAGUGGACAGGCGUUCUCAGGGCAAGGCAACGCAGCAGGGAGCCUACCACUCGCUGUGCCGCGACGCCACGAUCCUGUUCGGCGCGUGGGAGUUCGAACCUACGGCGAUGGAGGACCCGUUCCCCAACGGGGAGGGCGUCGUCAGCAUCUGGCAGGGGCGCGAGGACAAGAUCGUGCGGGUCGAGGUGCAGCGCUACGUGGCGGAGAAGCUCCCGUGGGUACGGUACCACGAGCACCCCGAGGGCGGCCACCUCUUCAUGGGCGCGGACGGUGUGGGCGACAUGGUCAUCCGGGAGCUCUUGCUCGGCGAGGAGCCGCGAGAUUUGUAGAGCGGUAGUGUGGGGAUCCAGUUUGUGUACCUAUAUUGGACUACAGAAGUAGAGAGAGCGGAACACAAGCCCACAAACUCACAAAUAUAAAUUCACAUAGAUUGGAGGAAGAAUAUUUAGGUAUUUAGGUGCAAGCGGCGAUCGUUGAUGAAAUAAUUUUUCGCCGGGACAGUUGCUGACGAAAUAAAUAUAUUGGGUCUCUUUUUAAAAGAAGGUCCACACAUUUGCGCGGCUAGAUUUAAUUUAUUUAUGUGUUUUUUGCUUAUAUUAGUUUUAAUUUCUUUUGUUGUUCAGACUCCCGGUAUACUUUUA